AUGAGAUCAAAUCCAAAUAGGCGAAAUCCUGAUUAUUGGUGCGAGUUUUACCAUGACCACGGUCACAAAACAGCAGAUUGUAGAUUGUUGCAGGGUGAAGUUGAACAUUUAUUGAAACAAGGGUAUCUAACUGAAUUAUUUGGUGAAAAAGGAAAACAAGCAUAUAUGAAAAAUAGACAUGAGCCACCAAAACCCCCUUCACCAAAAAGGACUGUUAAUGUCAUAAGUGGUGGAGAAGAAAUCAAUGGAGUAACAGCAGCCAAGAAAGUUUCAAAAAUUAUAGUCACAUAUGGGAAGCGAGUUCGACGUGUUUUGGAAGAAGAAAGUAUUAAAUUUGAUGAUGCAGAUGCAGAUGGCAUACUAACCCCACACAAUGACGCACUGGUAGCUCUGUGA